CCAUGUCCCAGCCCUCCUUCUUGUCUUCCUCAGGGACGGGCAGGGCUAGAAGCCCGUCUUUAGUCCCAUCCCCUCCAGGGGUCGAAGUCGGUCUCCUGCUCGUCUCCCCAGUCAUGCUCCUACGGACUGGCGGAGUUGACAGCGGCGGCGGGAGGCCCCGGCCCUAAGCCAAGGAGUCUGGGCAGGCGGGGGCUGGUCAGGCCCGGGCCGGGCUCAUUGCCUCCUCCCUCCUCCUUCUCCUCCCUCCCCCGCCCCGCCCCCAUCGGCGGCCGCCGCAGUCAGUCCGGGCGCCGUAGCCCGAGCCCCGGCCAGGGGGCGCUGCGGGGCGGGGCGGCCGCGGCUGCGGGAGGACCAGGACCGGCACCCGGAGCUCAGCGCGGGAGGACGGCCGGGAGGGCGGCAGGGGCGGCGGCGGAGGCGGCCGGGGCUGCGCUCUCCCCUCGGCGCGGGAGUCCCUUUCUCGGGGCCCUGGGCCCCGGAGCCAGGGCCAGGCCGGGCGGGGCCGGAGCCUGAUGCGGAGCGGGAGGCGCGGGGCGGCAGCAGAGGCGGCAGCGGGAGCGGGGGCUGUGCCCUCCCCAGGCAACCGUGGCAGCGCCGGGGCUCUGGCCAUGCGGCCCGGGGCGGAGGGAGCGGCAGCCCGCGGAGCAAACUGAACUCAGUGAACCAGCAAGACGGCCGAUGGGGCUCCUGACACCAUGCAGAAGCAUAGAGGCUUUUUCUUAUCUCGUGUGUGAGGGAGGAAAAAAGGUUUAAAAAAGUCACUUGAGUGGUGCUUCCUGACCAAUGGAGAACUAUUUCCAAGCAGAGGCAUACAACCUGGAUAAGGUUUUAGAUGAAUUUGAACAGAAUGAAGAUGAGACAGUUUCUCCUGCAUUAUUGGAUAAAAAAUGGAAUCAGCUUCUAGACCCUCAUCUGCUGUCAUUUAGCCCAGCUCUGACCAGUGUGAAUGAAACAGCACUUCCCAGUGAGUCGCAGCGGACACAGAAAACGUUCUCUCGGUCUCAUCCCACUCUCCUUCCAUCUGUGGAAGGGGGGGACCACUGUCCUAAUGGAAGAGAGAGUGCUCUAGCCCCGGACACCUCCACCAUGUGCAUUGACGAUCAGGCCACUGCAGAAGAGCAGCUCCUUCAGAGCAGCAGUCCCUGGGAGGACCAGUGUAGUGCCGGGGAGGCAGGAGAGGAGAAGCCGGGAAAUAGAGACAGUCUGUCCGAAGAGAACAACAUUCUUGUGGUGGCCGUCAUGCAUAAUUGUGACAAAAGGACACUGCCGAGUGCACUGGAUUGCAACAACUACAAUAGCCAUUCUCUGAUGGAUACUAUUAGCUUUACACUGGAUGCCGAGCAUGGACAAAACGACCCCUUUAGUGCUGCUGUGAACGGGGCGGAGGAGAAAGACACAAACACAGAGAAGCCCGGGCGACAGCCGAGCCAGCGGCAUGCCAGGGACGAUCCCGUUGGCCAUCUAGGCCCUGUUUCACCAGAGAAGCAGGCUCGUGUCCGUCCCCCUUCUCCUUUAAAAGAUGAUAUUGAUUCACGCAGAGACCCUCCCGCUUUGGGAGCUGCGAGUGGGGGGGCCGGGGCGCCCCCGUCACCCAGAGCUGGUCCUGCUGCCGAUGAACAGGACAGCUGUGUGCCAGUCGAGGCUCCUGCUGGGAGAAGCGGCUCUCCCGGGAUGGAGGUGGAGACUACAGAUGGCUCUACUCAUCUGGGCGGGAGGCUUUCCAUAGAAGAGGAGCCUCCGGAGGAGGGAACGGCCGCAGACCCCUUCCAUGGGCUCCCUCUGGGCCCCGACCGGCUGAAAGGGUCCGAAAGCGAUGCUUGCCGCGAGCAGCUUUCGUGUGGGCUCGCCCCAAAGGACGCCAAAGGAGAGGAAAGUGAAGGCUGUGAGCCCGGACAGACUCCAGAUCCAACAGAAUCCCUUGGUCCAGGGGGAGGCGUUUCAGCCUCCGAGGAGGCAGCUCAUUGGGAACUGACUGAGCUGAGUGGAAAGAGUAGCAGCCCGACGAGCGGCCAGCCCGAGAGGCUUCUGCCACGGAGCCCGCCCAAGCAGGCUUGUUGUGAUGGUGGGGAAAACGGGGAGGCCCUGGCCGAGGCGGGCGUCCGUCUAAAAGGCACGUGUCUCGAGGAGCUCGAGGGCUAUGGUUUCCCUGCUGUUCUGGACGUGCCGGCAGCAAAUUCUCUGUCUAAUGGUUGUGAUUCCUAUGGAAUGCUGAACCCAGUUAUCGCUUGUAUUCCAAAGACUUUGCCCUCCAAGGAAGAUUCAGUCACAGAGGAGAAGGAGAUCGAGGAAAGCAAGUCGGAGUGCUACGGGAGUGUGUAUGAGCAGAGAGGACACGAGGCCUCGGAGGGCAACGGGCUCGGCUUAAGCAGCACGAGUGACCAGACGAAAAAAAACUCUGCGCGCCCUCUCUGUAGCCAGGGCUCGUCCGGCCCGGGCCAGUUGUCCCCGCCAGGAGCGGCUGCCGUGCCGCCUCUCAGCGUUCCCUUUGGGGGUGCCAGGCCGAAGCAACCAGCCAAUCUCAAGCUGCAGAUUCCAAAGCCAUUGUCAGAACACUUGCAGAACGAUCCUCCUCCUCACGGCGGCCCCAGCGCGAAAAACAAAAACGGGGGGUUUGGGAAGGCCAAGUCGGGGGAGAGCUCGACGGGAGCUCCGUUCCCCAAUGAGACGCUUCAUUCCGCCGGUGCCGAUGCAAAUGGUGAGCUGGGAGAGGAGUAUGAGGCUGUGGUCUCUAGGAGUCCGUGCCUUGCAGUGGCCUCAGACAGUCCUGACAACGAUCUCAGAGCCGGUCAGUUUGGCGUUCCCACCCGAAAGCCGUUCACCACCCUGGGCGAAGUGGCUCCCGUGUGGGUCCCCGAUUCCCAGGCGCCAAACUGCAUGAAGUGCGAAGCCAGGUUUACCUUCACCAAGAGGAGGCAUCAUUGCAGAGCAUGCGGGAAGGUUUUCUGUGCUGCAUGUUGUAGCCUCAAGUGCAAGUUGCUAUAUAUGGAGAGAAAGGAAGCCCGAGUGUGUGUGAUCUGCCAUUCCGUGCUCAUGAAUGCUCAAGCCUGGGAGAACAUGAUGAGUGCCUCAAGCCAGAGCCCUAACCCUAACAAUCCUGCAGAGUACUGUUCUACUAUCCCUCCCUUGCAGCAAGCUCAGGCCUCAGGAGCACUGAGCUCUCCACCUCCCACUGUGAUGGUGCCUGUGGGAGUUUUAAAGCACCCCGGAGCAGAAGUGGCUCAGCCCCGAGAGCAAAGGCGAGUGUGGUUUGCCGAUGGGAUCUUGCCUAACGGGGAAGUUGCUGAUGCAGCCAAAUUAACAGUGAGUGGUCCUUCGUCCACGGGAGCCUUGGCUGUGUCCCAUGACCCAGCCCAGCCAGUGAGCAGCAGUCCACUGCCAGCAGAGAUGGAUAUUUCUGCGUUCUCUGGGAGUAUAACUCAGGUGGGAAGUCCUGUGGGAAGUGCAAUGAACCUGAUUCCAGAAGAUGGCCUCCCUCCCAUCCUCAUUUCCACUGGGGUCAAAGGAGAUUAUGCUGUGGAAGAACGCCCUUCUCAGAUCUCCGUAAUGCAGCAGCUGGAAGAUGGUGGCCCUGACCCGCUGGUGUUUGUUUUAAAUGCAAAUUUGCUGUCCAUGGUCAAAAUUGUUAAUUAUGUGAACAGAAAGUGCUGGUGUUUCACGACGAAGGGCAUGCACGCGGUGGGGCAGUCGGAGGUGGUGAUCCUUCUUCAGUGCUUGCCCGACGAGAAGUGCCUGCCCAAGGACAUCUUCAGCCACUUCGUGCAGCUCUACCGCGACGCGCUGGCAGGGAACGUGGUUGGCUGCUUGGGACACUCCUUCUUCAGCCAGAGUUUCCUGGGCAGUAAAGAACAUGGCGGAUUCCUGUAUGUGACAUCGACUUACCAGUCGCUGCAGGACCUGGUGCUCCCGACUCCCCCCUACUUGUUUGGGAUUCUUAUCCAGAAGUGGGAAACUCCUUGGGCAAAAGUCUUCCCCAUCAGACUGAUGCUGAGGCUCGGCGCUGAAUACAGACUGUACCCCUGCCCUCUGUUCAGCGUCCGCUUCCGGAAGCCUCUGUUUGGAGAGACGGGACACACCAUCAUGAACCUUCUCGCAGACUUCCGGAAUUACCAGUACACGCUGCCCGUGGUCCAGGGCUUGGUGGUGGACAUGGAGGUGAGGAAGACGAGCAUUAAGAUUCCCAGCAACAGGUACAACGAGAUGAUGAAGGUCAUGAACAAGUCCAAUGAGCACGUGCUGGCAGGAGGGGCCUGCUUCAAUGAGAAGGCCGACUCCCACCUCGUGUGCGUCCAGAACGACGAUGGCAACUACCAGACUCAGGCGAUCAGCAUUCACAACCAGCCGAGAAAGGUCACUGGUGCCGGCUUCUUCGUGUUCAGCGGCGCGCUGAAGGCCUCCUCCGGAUACCUCGCCAAGUCCAGCAUCGUGGAAGAUGGAGUCAUGGUCCAGAUCACUGCCGAAAAUAUGGACUCCUUGAGACAAUCAUUGCGGGAGAUGAAGGACUUCACCAUCACCUGUGGGAAAGUGGAUGCAGAGGACCCUCAGGAACACAUCCACAUUCAGUGGGUGGAUGAUGACAAAAACUUCAACAAAGGUGUGGUCAGUCCUAUCGAUGGUAAAUCAAUGGAGUCUGUAACGAGUGUGAAGAUAUUCCAUGGCUCGGAGUAUAAAGCAAAUGGAAAAGUUAUUAGAUGGACAGAGGUGUUUUUCCUGGAAAACGAAGACCAGCACAAUGGCCUGAGCGACCCUGCAGAUCACAGCCGACUGACAGAGCACGUGGCCAAAGCCUUCUGCCUCGCCCUCUGUCCCCACCUGAAGCUACUCAAGGAAGAUGGAAUGACCCGGCUGGGACUGCGGGUGGCCCUCGACUCCGAGCAGGUUGGCUAUCAGGCCGGGAGUAACGGUCAGCCUCUGCCCGCCCAGUACAUGAAGGACUUGGAUAGCGCCUUGGUGCCCGUGAUUCACGGGGGUGCCUGUCAGCUCAGCGAGGGGCCCCUGGUCAUGGAACUCACCUUUUAUAUCCUGGAAAACAUCUCCUAAGAGACUCGUGGCAGCAGCAGUUGUACCCGAAUCAUUUGCACUUUAAAACUGGAAGAUGAAGCUUUUGUUAACACUAAUCAGUGGGCUGGGGUGGGCUGGGGUGGGCUGGGGUGGGGGGAGGCAGGUGUUCCAUAAUCCUCGGUCUUCUCUGCAUCGUCCCAAGGAGGUCAGGGUAGCUUCUUGGGUCCACACAGCUCCGCCGUCCCCACUGCUUUCGCACUUCUGUUACUGUUUAGACAAGGAUACCCACGUCCUGCGCCUGUUUUCAGACUUCACCCGGGAGGGAAAGGGUGCCGGGGGAGGAAAUAAAGGAUGAAAUACCAGCUUUGCACGCUCUGUCCAGGGAGGUAUGAGGAGAAAUCGCCCAGAACCAGACGCUCGCGCCCUCCCAGGCCUGCUGUGUCAGUGGUCACGCCGUAGACAGUCAUCAAAAAGUCACAUUGACUUGUUUGUGGCGGCGUACCAGAUGCGCGGGAGGGUGCCUCGCUGUCCGGAGGCGGCCAUCGACGGCAGGGAGCUCCUGCAUGUCGGGCAGUUGUGAAAUCCGACUGAACCAUGUCACUAACUCAAGUUCUGUGCGGUCUGCCCUGGGUCCUUUGUUUACCUCCUUCCGCUCUCCUGGGCACCCUCGGCCGCCAGCUGGGCCGCUCUGUCCUGAAGGCUCCGUCCCAAACCCUGCUUGGUUCCCUGUCUCCAAAGAAAUGUCCGGCCUCCUUCCUUUGCCCUGUCCGUUCUUUGUCCCCAGAGCCCAGUGGCCAGUCUCUCUUGAGGUCACCUCUCGGCUUCCCUGCAGGGCCCCAGAGCGUCUUCGUGCCCACAGGUUACAGAAGGGUACCUUGGUGGGUGGUGGUUGACCCUAGGCAGGUGGCUUCCUCUCCCAGGGCCUCAGUGUCCUCACGUCCAAACAGGAGUAACAGUAGUGGCACCAGCUGCCUCGCCAUGUAGUGAAGACAGAGCGUCGUAGGCCCAGACCUGUAGAGGUGGGGGCUGAGGUUGCCCCAAAGCUGGAACACCAUGGGGGUGGGGGGUGUGACAAGGUCCAGGGUCAGCUGGGCUUCCAGUGGUCUGCAGCCAUUCUUGAGCCCCCUCAGGGGAAGCAGCAGGAGCGGGACCAGUGGCUGACCCUCAGGAAAGGUCAGUAGGGCAGAGCCUGCCUUUCAGAAGAGAAACCCAAGAGAGGAAGGCAUUGACCCAGGAAGAGCUGAAACUCUGCCAUCCCAGGGACCCUGAGAUGGGGGCUCUCCAUCCCACUGCUGUCCCCUGGGAAGCCUGGGGCCCCGCCGUACUCGGGGCCACCGUUCGAACAACCCAGAAACGAAGGACAAGGACACGAGGUGCCAGGCUUGACCCGUCCCUCUGCAGCAGCAGCCCACAAGCAGUGCCAUCCAACCCAGCCCCAUUCAGAAAAGAAUCCCGGCCCUCACCUCACCCUCCCGACAAGUGACAGCUAAGUGGGGAGAUAAGCGCUAGCCGUGUGCUGGGUACCUUGCUGAGAGGAGCUGGGCUUGAAGCAGAAACGCAGGCCUCUGCCCUAUCCAGGCUUCCCCUGAAGAUCCCCAGUUGGCCUUAGGGAGGUGGAGCCCCCCUGCUCCAGAAAUGGCCCAUUUUGCUUUGGGGCGGCCCUACGGGGUAGCAUAUCUUUCCUAGUAGUGAUCUCACUGCUGCCUCCUUCCAACCUCCACUCCCGAUUCUUAGCUCUGGGGCCAAAUACAACCAUCUGAAUCAUCCUUCCAUGUGAUAGACUCUCAACACCAUGACGCCACCCCCAGCUUCUCUGGACAAAGCAUGCCUGGUCCCGUCACCAUCCUGGGUGGCCUCCAGUCUUCAGCUGAGCAACGUGGGACCGAACACUGUGCUCCAGGGAGGAUCUGACCCGGCCGGAGGCCCUCUUGGCCUGGGCAUUCCCUUUCUAGUGGACUAAGACCACGGGAGCCUUUUUGGAUUGAGGUAUCCCACCGACUCCCAUCCGAAGCCCAGAUCUUUCAGCUGCUGCCUGGCCGUGCCUCGCUCAUCUUGGUCUCCAGAAAGGUUCUUGGUUUCUUUUUAACUCAGAAGAGAAGACGACAUUUAUCACCACUGAUUUCCCCUUAAUCCACCCAGGCUCUGGGCUCGGUUGAAAUCAUUCGGAAUGCCCUCCUCUAGCCUUGUAAGAGAGGAAAAUCAGAUUCAGCAUGCAAAAGAGCAACCCAAGCGGGGGAGGAGCAAGGAAGACAGAAUUCCAGGAAGGAACAGAAGAGCUGAGAAGAUUCAAAGCAGUUACUUCACUUCUCUUUGGGGGCUCCUCAAGAGCGGGUGGUCCAAGAGCAAUCUGAGGCAGAAGACCUCUGCAUGCUGAAUCUGACUUUCCUCUCUCACGGCGUGAGCUGCAACUCCGCCUUUGUGCCAUUUGCCAGUCGGCCGAGGGAGCCAGUUAGGCCUUCGUUCCGUGUUUCCGUUGAUUCAAAAGUCCAAACAGCAGAGGGCCAAGUACGGAUCACUGCGUCACUCUACCCAAGACCUUCCAGGCUGAGAUCAAACCUUUCCUGAUGACGCCCAAGUCUGACCGUUGGACCAGUCACAAAUCCCCCUGCCUGCAUGAUCUUCUGGGGCCAUCUUUUCCAGCAGUGGCACGAGAGACUUUGUGAAAGGCAGCGUUCAAGUCUAGUUGUGCCCCAGCGACAGCCUCCCCCUGGGAGUCACUAAGUCACCCUCUCAAAAAAAGGAAUGACGUUGACUUGACCCAUUUUUUAAAAAGUUGUUUCCGUACUGUCACUUCACCACAGUGUCCCAUGUGACAGACUUCCGCUUCCCCUUCUGGAGUGGCAUCCUAUGGAGUGUCUUCAUGGGGAUAAAAAAUCAGCAGAAACGACGGAUACAUUGGACAAGUAUGAAUACGUGUGCUGGGCGACACUUGGAGCCCUCCCGCCUCCUCAAUGGGGAACGUUGGGCAUGUCUUCACUUCUGGGGCUCAUUUGAUCUUUAUAAUUUUGUGGCCCUGACUUAAGGUUGUUUGGUGUCAUCAUUUGUGUUGUUAAUCGUUCCUGGCUCUGUGGACUUGAUGCUGCCUCAGCUCAGGGAGCUAUCACCACGCUUCUCCGAAUUCAUCACCCCAUGUCUCAGAGUCCAGGAAUAUUCCAUUAUAUUCAUGUUCCAGUCCCCAAGGGAUGGGCACCACCUUCCUUAGCUCUCACCCAAAGGGCUGCUAUAAACAUUUUGGAGUAUGUGGGGACCUUUUUCUUAUCAGUGGCUUCCUUGGGAUAGAAGCCCAAUAAUGGAGUCUCUCAAUGGAUAUGGACAUUUGAGUCCCUUAAUUUGCACUUCUACAAUCGUUGUACUAUUUUGCAGAUCCAUCAAUAAUGUAUCAGAGCGCCAGUCUUUCCAACACAAUUCAUUCUUGAUGAAAAAUCAUCCAGGCUCCUUGUGAUUAUCACCUAAUUCUCCACGUCUGUCUCUUAUCCAACCCUCCUUUGAAUGAGACUUUCUGGAAUUUUGCUGAGCUCACUGAUCUCUAUAUGGUUUGCAGCCCCUGUUCUCUUCCCUUCCUUAUUUGCCCUCAUUAAUGCCCAGCUCCAAUCCAUCUCCAAACUUCCCCUAUCUGCCUACUCCGUUGGCCUUCUUCCCUCUGCAGCUCCCCAUUCAGCCCAUUAGAAUAUAAACUCUUGGAGGGUAGCGACUCGGGGGCUUCCAGUGGCUGAUCCAUACUAAAUGCUUAAUAAAGUUCUCUGUCUGA